GGUUGUAUAUAAUGUUAAAAAGACAGUGAACUACAUUACCCACAAAAGUAUUAGCGCCAGGGGAGGAACCACGGUAUCGGACGAAAUUUAACUCGCACUACUUUAACUCAUGGAGAGGUUUAAGGUUUAACCACAAAGUGCAAAGAUGACUGAAGGGACGUGUGUGCGGAGAAGAGGGGGUCCCUAUAGGAGUCCAGCAGUGACAGACCUGAGGCGCUGGAGGCUCAGUAAUGUGGAAGGAAGGCAGACAUGGAAAUAUCUGAAGGAUGAAGACACUGAGGAGAGAGAGCAGAACUUCUUGGAGGCUCACUCUUUGGGUCUUGAUACGAGUAAGUUUGUUCCAGCCUCCCCAGCAGCUCACACUGUGGUUGAAGCCGCUCAGAAGGGGAUGGAGUUUUACAGCCGUCUCCAGGCCGAAGAUGGCCACUGGGCUGGAGACUAUGGAGGGCCACUAUUCUUGCUUCCAGGUCUCCUUAUAACCUGUCAUGUUGCUAAAAUCCCUCUACCAGAAGCCUGGAAGAAGGAGAUGGUGAGGUAUCUACGUUCAGUGCAGCUGCCAGAUGGUGGCUGGGGCCUGCAUGUAGAAGACAAGUCGACUGUGUUUGGCACAGCUCUUAAUUACACCACACUGCGAAUCUUAGGAGUUGGGCCUGAUGACCCAGAUAUGGUGCGGGCAAGGAACAACUUACACACCAAAGGAGGUGCUGUAGGUAUACCAUCCUGGGGAAAGUUCUGGUUGGCUAUCCUCAAUGUGUACAGUUGGGAAGGGAUGAACACGCUCUUUCCAGAGAUGUGGUUGUUUCCUGCUUGGAUGCCGGCGCACCCAUCCACUCUGUGGUGUCACUGCAGGCAGGUCUACCUUCCCAUGAGCUACUGUUAUGCUGUUAGAUUGUCUGCGCAGGAGGACUCACUGGUGCUCAACCUGAGACAGGAACUAUAUGUCCAGGAUUAUUCGACUAUUAACUGGCCAGCUCAAAGAAGCAAUGUUGCCAUGUCAGACAUGUACACCCCUCACAGCGCUAUGCUCACUGCCGCCUACUCCUUCCUGAACCUUUAUGAGGCAUAUCACAGUACUGCACUGAGAGAAAAGGCUGUGAAUGAGCUGUACGAUCACAUCCAAGCCGACGAUCGCUUUACAAAGUGCAUUAGCAUUGGACCGAUCUCAAAAACUAUUAAUAUGUUGGUGCGCUGGUAUGUCGAUGGACCCACAUCACCUGCCUUCCAGGAGCAUGUGGCAAGGAUCCCGGACUACCUCUGGCUAGGUCUAGAUGGAUUAAAAAUGCAGGGAACCAAUGGAUCUCAACUAUGGGACACUGCCUUUGCAGUACAAGCAUUUCUUGAGGCAGGUGCACAGAAUGACCCCAAGUUUACACAGUGUUUAAUGAAGGCGCACCAGUUUUUUAAUCUAAGCCAGGUUCAAGAAAAUCCUCCAGACUACAAGAAAUAUUACCGACAAAUGAACAAGGGAGGCUUUCCCUUCAGCACGCGUGACUGCGGUUGGAUCGUGGCUGACUGCACAGCAGAGGGCCUGAAGUCGGUGAUGUUACUGCAGGAGCAGUGCAGCUUCAUCACAGACCACAUUUCCUCACAACGACUCUUUGAUGCAGUCAAUGUGCUUUUAAGCAUGAGAAAUUCUGAUGGUGGUUUUGCCACAUAUGAGACUAAACGUGGAGGAAAACUGCUGGAGCUACUCAACCCAUCAGAGGUGUUUGGUGAUAUCAUGAUCGACUACACCUAUGUGGAAUGCACAUCAGCUGUGAUGCAAGCUCUGCAGCACUUCCAUCAUGCUUAUCCUGAUCAUAGAACACAGGAGAUUAGGAGUACACUUCAGCAGGGACUUGACUACUGCAGAAGGAUGCAAAGACCUGAUGGUUCAUGGGAAGGAUCAUGGGGUGUGUGCUUUACAUAUGCAGUAUGGUUUGGAUUGGAGGCGUUUGCAUGCAGGGGCCAUUUUUUCCAGGAUGGAUACGAUGGACCGGUUUGUACUGAAGUGAGGCGUGCGUGUGACUUCUUGCUCUCAAAGCAGAUGGAGGAUGGAGGUUGGGGGGAGGACUUUGAGUCGUGUGAGCAGAGGUGCUAUAUACAGAGCAAAAAUUCCCAGAUCCAUAAUACCUGUUGGGCUUUGCUGGGCCUGAUGGCUGUUAGGUACCCUGACUGCAUAGUCAUUGAGCGUGGAAUACAGGUUUUGAUUGACAAGCAGCUUCCUAAUGGAGACUGGCCACAGGAGAACAUCUCUGGUGUUUUCAACAAGAGCUGUGCCAUCAGUUACACAUCCUAUAGAAAUGUGUUUCCAGUUUGGACUCUGGGCCGAUUCAUGUGUCUCUACCCCUCCAGUUCACUUGCUCAGAAACUGGGAGGCACUGAAUAAUAAUAUAUAAAGUGUGUAAUUUCAUUUCCUGACUAAAAGUAAAAAAUUCAGUUCCAUACAAACUGACUUGAUGCUUUUAAGACUGAUCAGUAAGUAAUGCUCUCUCGUAAUUGCAGUGGAUUUAACUAAAUCUUUUGAAAGCCACAGUGUUUAUUUUACAACACAUAUGUUGUGUGGACUUGAGAUAACGUUUCGUGUCAUUGUAAGUGAACGGUACCUGUAGCAGUAGGUAUUUGAAAGAUGCAAGCAUAAAUUAAUUCAAGCACAGUAAAAUUUUUCAACAUAAAGAAAAAGAAGUAUGUUUGGAGUCUUUUCAAGUAAAUUCUGUGUGUAUUACUAGUAAUAUACAUGUCAUUUCCUCUUUCCUUCUUUCUCUCUCUCACACACACACACAGUGUACACACAGUAUAUCACAAGUUAAUCACAAGUAGGGAUAUUUGCAAGCACAUACACUCAACAAGUGUUUAAAUACAUUUUUCCCAACAACUAUAUAACAUAUACAAAUAUACUUAUUGCAGCCCUAUUCAUUUUUAAUAGUAUGUUAUGAGUUUAUUGAAUAUUAUGUUUGUUACAAAUGUGUACAUAAAGAUGAGAUUAAAUACUGUACAGCUCCUUUAGAUAAACCUCAUGACUUUUUUAAUAAGUCAUUUUUAGCUAUGUUUAUUUAAUUCCCUCCUAAUUUAUUUACUUUCUGAUGUUCUCUGAUAUGUUAAACUCAGAACAUGGCAUCUUUUGUUGAUCAUAUUAUUGGAACAUGUGACUGACAGGUUUUUCUUGUUGGCAAAAUGUCUAAAACAAAACAGUAAUCCCUGCAGUAGCUGCUCUCCCUACAUGCUUUUAUGCGUUUAUUCCAUGGGUUUGAUUCCUAGCCAGUGACUGGGACACACCCAUCACCACUAUCUCACUAUCUCACUGAGGUAAAGUUGCAAAGUAACAUUCCAGCACAACAGACCUUUAAAAAGUAAAUAUCUUUGUGUGAGGAGAUCAACAGCUUCAGAUAUAUUCAAGCAUUAUUUCAGGAACUAGGAUUAGAUUUAGUUUAGGGAUGAAAGAGAUUUACAUAACAGAAGAUUUAGUUCCUCAAAUAUACUGGUGUGUGUGCACGUGUGUACGUGUGUGUGCGCAUGUGCAUGUGUGCAUGUUUCUGUGCUCAAAGUUAAUGUAAUGUAAAUAUAUGAAAUUCAAUAUUUCAAUCCAUGCAAGUUAUACUCAGUAAAACCAUGUUAAGCUUUCACAUAUCCUUUAUAUGUUUUGAGAUCUAACAGGUGUUGACAUUUCACUUAGAACCAGUUUAGCAGCCUGUCACUCUUGAGGUGGUAGGAUCUUGUUUGUUUAAUAAGCUGAUGAGGGUUUUUCAAACUGCCUUGAUCUGCCCUGGUUAAUUUUUCCACAAUCUAAGAUUAUAAAGUUUGUAUUUAUUUACAAUAUAUAUUACUUUAUUUAAUUUCAAUAAUAUACACGUGGCCUCUACAGUACAUGUCAUAGCUAUGAUUAUAUAAGGUUUACAGUUAGGAAGGCUCACAAGUGUAUAAUAUAGUAUCAAACUAAACUUUUAUAUAUUUAAUUUAGUAUAUUCAUUGUUUAAGCUUUAAUAAAGAGAAUUCUGUUUAUUUAUUCAUUUUAAUAAAUAUUGCAGGCUUUAUAUAACAUGUUUGUUUCAAGAGCUGAAACUCCUUGUGUAAUAUAAAGUCAAACCCAUGCUACACCCACAUGCAGUGCUCCCAUUGGUAGGAUCUACUGUAGAUGUCAAACCCAUGCUACACCCACAUGCAGUGCUCCCAUUGGUAGGAUCAACUGUAGAUAUGCAGUCACCCGUGGUUAAAGCAUUCAUUCUUUAAAGAAACUUUCAACAUCAAGAGGCUUCCUGGUGAAUUACUGAACCUUUUCCUUAUUUUAUAAUACUUUGUGAAGAAUAUUUCACAGCCAUAGAUAUGGACCCGAACAAUCCACAGCAACCUGGACAACCUACUGUUGGUACUAUACGUUACGAAUGUACACUUCCAGGGCCCUAUCUAGCAGAGCAAUACAAUUCUUCCAUGGGUCCAGGAUCAUUUCCAGGAGCACCAUGCAAUCCCCCAAUGGGACAAGGAUCAUAUACCGCAGGGCCAUACAACCCAUCCAUGGGCCCAGGAUCAUUUCCAGGAGCACCAUGCAAUCCCCCAAUGGGACAAGGAUCAUAUACUGCAGGGCCAUACAACCCAUCCAUGGGCCCAGGAUCAUUUGCAGGAGGGCCAUGCAAUCCCCCAAUGGGUCAAGGAACAUAUCCAGUAGGACCAUACAACCCAUCCAUGGGCCCAGGGUUCGUUCCAGGAGGGCAGACUGCUGGUUAUAACCAGGGGCCAGGAUGUGGGCAUGUGCAAGGGCACGGGCAUGGGCACGGUCAUGGGCAUGGGCACGGACAUGGACACGGUCAUGGAAAACAUGGAAAGAAACAUGGAAAGAAACAUGGAAAGGGUGGCAAGCAUUCUGGGAGCAGCUCAGACUCCGAUUAGAGCAUCAAGAUGUUUCAGAAGCAAAUCUGCAGAUACCUAGCUAUAUAUAAUAUAAUACAUUGUAUGGCUAAAUAAAAGAAUUUACAUUG